UACUCUUAUGGUCAAGCAGUUAACCGAAUUCUCGACUCAGGCAAAUUAAAGCGAGAAGAUAUUUGGAUAACAUCUAAAUGUUGGAAUGAUAGCCAUGAAAGAUCUCAAGUGAUGUCAGCCUGCAAAAGAAGUCUAGAAAAUUUAGGUCUUGAAUAUCUUGACCUUUACUUGGUUCAUUGGCCUAUGGGCUAUAGUAAUGAUCCUGAAUCUGGCCUUAAAAUCUCUGAUGUUGACUACUUAGAAACCUGGAAAGGUAUGGAAGACGUAUUCAGGGCUGGUUUAGCCAAAUCAAUUGGUGUCUCCAACUUCAACAUAGAUCAGCUUGAACGCUUACACGCAAACUGUAACAUUAAACCAGCUGUUAACCAAUUUGAGGUCCAUCCAUAUUUAAGCAACUGUGAGUUGGUUGAUUACUGUAAAUCCCAAAGUGUCCAUGUUACCGCUUAUACACCUAUUGGUAAAGGAGGAUCUUCAAAUUUAUCAAAGGACCCCGUUCUGGUACAAUUGUCAUAUAAAUACAAUAAAACGUGGGCUCAAAUUGCAUUGAGGUACAACAUUCAGAGAGGAAUUUCUGUGGUUCCAAAAACAUCAAAUAAAGACAGAUUGGUCGAGAAUAUUUCCAUUUUUGACUUUGAGCUGACCGGACCAGAAAUGGAUGCUAUCAGAGAUAUAGAUAGAGAGCAACGUAUGGUUACUUUUGAUGCUACCAAGAAUCAUCCUUUUUACCCCUUUGAGGAGCCAAAAGAUUGAUGAUGCUGUUUCAUCCUGUAUGAUAUUGAAAUUUUUUAAAAUCGAUCUGGAAUAGUGAAGAUUGUUGGUGAUUAUCGUUAUAAUUCAUUAUUAUUGAUAUUAAAAAAUCAAUUGAGUUCAUUGGAAUAAAAGCUUUUAAUUCUUA